AUGCACGCACUCGGACCGGAUCAGCUGCACGGAUACGCCGAACGUCUCGUCGGAGACCACGGUCCGAACUAUCACGGGGGGAGUGGGGUUGACCACGGUGAACUGUCCGGCACAGCAGGACCGGCACGUGUGAGUCUCCAAAAAUCUGGGGCGGGCCAAAGUGCCUAUCAGGUGCACGAUGAGGAUGUGACGGCUGCAACAGUUGAUUACCUCAAUCGACUCGGAGUCCAGAAACGGGCAGGACUUUUAGACGCUCCAUUUUCGAUUUCCGUUGGGUUUAUGCUGCCGCAUCAACCUUUCGUUGCCCGUCAAGAGGAUUAUCGACUGUAUGAAGAACAGAUGACGAUGCCUCAAACUCCUGAACCCUUUUCAGAGGCGUUGCAUCCCUACUUUCGGUGGUGGCGUGAAAAAUGUGGCAUUGUUGAAGUUUCCGAUGCCGAAAUUCUUCGCGCACGCACUGCGUAUUGGGCGUUGGUAACGCGGAUGGAUAUGAUGAUUGGACAGAUCUUAACAGCACUCCGAGAAAACGGGUUGGACGAGGAUACCCUCAUCCUCUAUAGUUCAGAUCACGGCGAGCAGAUCGGUGAACACGGACUCUGGUGGAAACAGACGUUUUAUGAACAUUCCGUGAAAGUCCCGGCAAUUUUAUCGUGGCGCGGUGCUUUGCCUGAAGGCGUACGGUGUGAUCGAGUUGUCAGUUCGCUUGAUUUGAACGCGACGAUGCUCGAUGCACUCGGGGCACCACCUUUACCACACUCUCGUGGGCGAAGCACCUUACCAAUUCUUCGCGACGCAAACGCACCGUGGGAAGACAUCGCUUUCUCUGAAUAUUGUACCGACGAGGGGUGCUAUCAUCGGAUGGUUCGUGAUGGUGAGUGGAAGUUGAAUUACUAUCACGGUCAACCACCCGCAGCUUUUCAACUUGAAGGACGACCCAAACGAAUUGCAUGA